UGAGCGUCGUCGAGUUGCCCGGCAACAAAUCGUCCAAUCACGAAGCGCACCGCCUCCCUUUAAAAAAGGGGGAGGACCCUCGCGCGCGUCAACGCAAGAUGGCGGCCGUCCGAGAUGGUGACGCGUACCUCGGCUUCGACUUCAGCACUCAGCAGUUAAAGGUGGUCGCCAUCGAUCGCGACCUGAAUGUCAUCCAUCAGAGCCAAGUGCACUUUGACUCUCAGCUGCCAGAGUUCGGGACGGAGGGGGGCGUCCACGUGGGUGCGGACGGCCUGACGGUGACGUCGCCCGCCCUGAUGUGGGUCAAGGCUCUGGACCUCCUUCUGGAGCGGAUGCGGGAAGCCGGCUUUGACUUCUCCAGGGUGCGGGCGCUGUCGGGCAGCGGUCAGCAACACGGCAGCGUGUACUGGAAGAAGGGAGCCGCCGCCGUCCUCCGGGGGCUGCGCAGCCAGCACGGCCUGGGCCGGCAGCUCCAGGACUGUUUCUCGGUGCGCGACUGUCCCGUGUGGAUGGACUCGAGCAGCGGGCCGCAGUGCGAGCGCCUGCAGCGGGCGGCGGGGGGCGCCGACAAGCUGGCGGACAUCACGGGCUCCAGGGCCUACGAGCGCUUCACAGGAAGUCAGAUUGCCAAGAUGCGCGAGGGACAUCCGCGAGAGUUCCAGGACACCGAGAGGAUCUCUUUGGUCAGCAGCUUUGCGGCGUCGCUCUUCCUCGGCGCCUACGCCGCCAUCGACUACAGCGACGGUUCCGGGAUGAACCUUCUGGACAUCCGCAGCAAAAAGUGGAACGAGGCCUUGCUGGAGGCCGCGUGUCCCGGUCUGGACGUCCUGCUGGGAACGCCGCUGCCCUCGGCGUCCGUGCUGGGCGCCGUGUCGUCCUACUGGGUGCGCAGGUUCGGCUUCUCGGAGGCGUGCCAGGUGGUGGCCUUCACCGGAGACAACCCAGCGUCUUUGGCGGGGAUGAAGCUCCGGCAGGGAGACCUGGCGGUAAGUGCGCCCGAGCGGCAGCUUUUCAGCAACGGCGUUUCCAUCGGCACCCCCCUCCCCCCGGCGCGUGUGUCGCAGGUGAGUCUGGGUACCAGCGACACGGUGUUCGCGUGGCUGCGACACGCCCGCCCGGCUCUGGAAGGUCACGUGUUCGUCAAUCCCGUCGACUGGCGACAGUUCAUGGCUCUCUUGUGCUUCAAGAACGGCUCUUUGACGCGAGAACGACUGAGGAACCGCUGCGCCGAUGCUUCGUGGGAACGCUUCUCCGCCGCUUUGAGACAAACGCCCCUCGGAAACCACGGCUACAUCGGCUUUUAUUUUGACGUGAUGGAGAUCACGCCUCCUGCGGUGGGAGUUCAUCUCUUCGACGCGGAUGACAACGAGGUGUCAUCGGUGAGCGCUCAAGUGGAGGUACGGGCCCUGGUGGAGGGUCAGUUCCUUUCGAGGCGGCUCCACGCCGAACGUCUGGGCUACUCCAUCAUUCCAGGAACUCGAAUUUUGGCAACGGGCGGAGCGUCGCGGAACAAAGACAUCCUGCAGGUGUUGAGCGACGUGUUCAACGCGCCGGUUUACACCGCGGACGUGUCCGACUCGGCUUGCCUGGGCUCCGCCUACAGAGCGCUGCACGGUGCGCUUCAGCAAUCGGGCGUGUCCUUCUUUGACAUCUUGAAGAAAGCUCCCGAAGCGCAACUCGCCGCCACGCCGCAGCCUCACGCGCCCCAGGUGUACUGUGAGAUGCUGCAGCGUUACGGCCGGCUGGAGGAGAAAAUCCUGCAGGAGCUCCGCCCCUAAACGCCUCAAACCAACGUGACGGGCCAAGGCGGUGUUCAACGAGAGCGAGCUGUGCGCAAAACGAGGCGGAUGCGCCGGCCAGCCCGUCGCCAUGCCGCCUUCAUAAUAAAGCUUCAAAAAUCAAACGA